UUAGGUUUCAAUUCCAAACAUGGUUAUCCUUGUAGGGCCGUCUCUCUCUCUCCCUCCCUCUCUCUCUCUCUCUCCCUCUCCCCACUCACACUGGUCUAUCUCUCUCUCACUGACACUCUCUCCCUCUCUCUACUACUCUUUCAGCCCUCCCCUCUCCUCUCUUUCCUUCUCGCUCUCUCUCUCUAUGACUGUUGCUGUGCCUUUCCCUCUUUCAGUGACCAGGAUCACUCAUUUCAUUGUACAUGUUGGAGGGGAGAGGGAGGUUCGUGGGUGAAACACAGGCGAACAUGCUGAGGAGUGUGGGAACAGAGAUGGACAACAGACCCUUAAUAUGAAGACGACCCCAUUCCAGGGCGACAGCCUCGACUUGCCAAAGAGUGUUCAAAGUGCAACAAGUGAUUUGUCGUAGGAAUAACCAAUUGCUGUAAAUGAACAGGACUUCAGAACCAGCGGUGGGAACAGUCUGUCAGCAUUGCUGACAUUUCGGAGAUGUCCCUCUGAACUAAUCGGCACAGUCUUUGGAGGACAAGAUUUUCGCCUGCUCUAUCCUCUUCUACCUUACAGUUGUUCUGUCUUUUGAAAUAACAUAAAAUGUAUUGUUGUCAGACAAAGUAGGUUGGUAACAACAGGUGAGGACAACUUCAACCUUCACAAACACACAUACUGUGCACAGUGUGAGGUAAGACGAAAAAAAGCCCUUCAACUCCCACACGCACCCACACACAUUGAGUUAAGAGACAGAAAACACACAAACACACACACACACACACACACACACACACACAUACAGUACAGUGGGGUAAUACACAAGAGAGGAACCAACCAAACAUAAAUAAUGAGUGGGGACGCCAGCAGCAGCAAUGGCACCGUGCUGGGCAGCGUGCUGUACGGGCACCAGCCGUGCGACGGCUUCACCAACACCACAGAGGGCGCCCUGUACCACCUGGGCAACACCGUGCUGAUUCUGGGCUACAUGGGCGGCAGCGGAGCCUACGGUGCCCUGUACAUCUUCACCCUGCUGACGCCCGCUCACGUCUGCCUGGCGCUCUGGGGUUUCCUGACCGUCUGCGGCCUGGACGUGUUUGUGUGGCACGUGCUGCUGGUGGCGGCGUGCCUGGCACAGAUCUGCCACCUGGUCGUGCGGCUGCUGCGGGACGGGCUGCCCGGCGAGGAGCUGGCGGCGCUCUACCAGGCCGUCUACGCGCCCCUGGGCGUGCCCGUGCAGGUGUUCAAGGAGAUCACGGGCGCCGCCGAGGACAAGGUGCUGACGCUGGGCGAAGAGGAGACCUACGCCGUGGAGGGCAAGACGCCCAUCGACCAGCUCUCCUACCUGCUCUCAGGGAGGAUCCGAGUGUCCCUGGAGGGUCAGUUCCUGCACUAUAUUUUCCCCCACCAGUUCCUGGACUCCCCGGAGUGGGAAUCACUGAGGCCGACAGAGGAGGGGAACUUUCAGGUGACCCUGACGGCAGAGACGGACUGCCAGUACAUCUCGUGGCGCCGCAAGCGUCUCUACCUGCUGCUGUCGCGCGACCGCUAUGUGGCGCGCCUCUUCUCCGUCAUGCUAGGCAACGACAUCGCCGACAAGCUGUACUCGCUCAACGACAAGCUCUUCGCCAAGAGCGGCGUGCGCCUCGACAUACGCCUGCCCAGCCUCUACCAUGUCCUGGCGCCCUCCACCCCCACCAGCGAGACCGGUGGCAGUGGCAGCGGCAGCAGCUCCGUCCCGCCUUCCGGCAGCCAUGGCGACCAGACCGUAGUGACCAUGGACCCCCAUCCUCAUCAUGCGGCACCACAACAGAGGCCCAACAGCCAGAGGCCUCCCCAGCCGGAGGGUAGCGGGGCAGGAGGAAGAGCGCCCCCUGUGGGGCCCUCCACGCGGCAGCCGUCCUUCCCCUCGGACACCGAGCUGCCGUCCGGUGCUGGCUUCUCCACUGCUCAAGUUUAUCCGAGGGAGACAGCUCAGCGGGCGCGACAGUGUUCAACCUGAGGGGUCGGGCUCCUCUGGCCCCUACAGACACCCCCAUGCUGUGACAUUUGGUCUAGGCCAGCACAAAGACACCGACCGUACCAUGGCUGUUCAUGGGGGGAGCAAGGCCCCACACCAUCCUUCCACUUUCACACUCUCUGUCUUUGUCUAAUUUUCUCUUUUGUUUCUCCCUGAUUGCUCCAGUCUUCAGUUCAUUUCUUAUCUCUCUGUCCUUCCUUCUCAAACACAAAAUAAUGCAGCUAUAGGCCUAGGUUGGUUGGUUGCAACUAAGGAAACUAUAAAUAGCUCUGAUUGGACCACAAUCUAACCAAUCAUCAUGGUGUCUCAACUGCAAAAAAGACAGACAUAUGAAUGUAAUUGGCUACGGAUAUCCUAUGUUAGUGGAAUCAUGGACUGUCACAACUGUAAUGUAUCAACUAACUUUCUGGGCAAUGCAAAUCUCCUAUCUACUUUGUACGAUGAAGAUCUAUAUGAACUCAUAAUAAUUAAACCAUUUAGGGGUUACGUUGACAUGGCAACAGAGUUUUAGCAAACGGAAAUGCAAAUGGCUAUUUAAAACACACACACACACACACACACACACACACACACACACACACACACACACACACACACACACACACACACACACACACACACACACACACACACACACACACACACACACACACAAAGAAUGCUGCAUUGUCUGGAUUCCACUGGAUAUGUUAAGUGAUAAGUAAUCCACAAUAAAAACAAGUCCAUGACUUAAAACAUCAAUAUCUAAACAGGGCCCUAAACACCACCUUGAAUGCCAAACAUCACCUCAGUAUUAAUGAAUGACAGGAACUCAGAGUCUUUGUCUUGGUAUGGUAGCAUAUUUAAUCCCAUGAUGACAAUGACAUCACUUUCGAUCUGUUUCCCUCACGUACAUGUCUUGUUGUUUAACAAUGUUAAAUAUUUGUUUAGAUGUUGUGUUAAUGAAUGCAUUAUGAUUCCACAUCGCUAUGGGCACGUGUUUUAAUGCUUGAAAAACAAAACAAAGGGAAUUGUGGGAAAAGGGGAAAGUGUGUUUAAUUUGAUUCGGUGUCUGACCGCAGAGAAUAAAGGGAUAGUAAGUCACAUCAUACACAUGUUACAUUUUUUUCUUUCCUUUUUUUCCCAAAUGAUAGGCCUACAAGCUUCCAGGAUUCCAAAAACAACAGUUGAUAUUUGUUGGUUUUACAGGAUGUUCAGAGUGCAAAAAGACACAUUUAACACCAUACAGAAAUGCAGUCCAUCACAAAAAAAUGUGAAAAAAGUGUGACUUUGUUUUUUUUCUCCUUUUCAAAUGGAUGUGACUGCCUGCAUAUUGACAUGAUUUAAAAAAAAACAUUUUGGGGCCAAACUAAUGUCUCAAUAAAGUUCUAUUUUAAAAAAGGAUAA